GUUUGGUGGGUGGUCCGCGCGGCCGUGGAGGUUGGCGGCUGUUGAGCGGGUCUUCUGGAAAAGGCCCUGGGCGGAACAUCUCGGUCGGAAGAGAAAAUGAGUUUAGCUCUGAGAAGUGAUCUUGUAGUAGAUAAAACAAAGAGGAAAAAGCGAAGAGAGCUCUCUGAAGAACAGAAGCAAGAAAUUAAAGAUGCCUUUGAGCUCUUUGAUACCGACAAAGACCACGCGAUAGAUUAUCACGAAUUAAAGGUGGCAAUGAGAGCCUUGGGUUUUGAUGUGAAAAAAGCUGAUGUCCUGAAGAUUCUUAAAGAUUAUGACAGAGAAGCCACAGGCAAAAUCACCUUCCAAGAUUUUAAUGAAGUUGUGACAGACUGGAUAUUGGAAAGAGAUCCACAUGAAGAGAUACUGAAAGCAUUUAAGCUAUUUGAUGAUGACGAUUCAGGUAAAAUAAGCUUGAGGAAUUUGCGACGUGUCGCCAGAGAGCUGGGCGAAAACAUGAGUGAUGAAGAACUUCGGGCUAUGAUAGAAGAAUUUGAUAAAGACGGUGAUGGGGAAAUAAAUCAAGAGGAAUUCAUUGCUAUUAUGACCGGUGACAUAUAAAGGAUUGCAAGAAUCACCACCAAAAUGUUGCAGUUGUCAUCUGUAUUUCCUUUUUGUGACUAAAGUCCUGUUUAAAAAAAAAAAAAAAAUCCAACUUACCUUUCUCCACAAGGACCAAAGCUAAGCACCCUUUGUAUUUAUUUCACUGAGGUUGAGUUUCUCUGUAUGAUCAAUGUUGUUAACAUCGAUAGUUUUAACUUCAAAUUAAUAAUACAGCUCUAUAUAAAGAUUAAAAAUAUCAAAUAAUGUGGUGUAUAUUAUUUGGAGGCUUCUAAAUUUAGCAUUAGCUAUUUGUUUUUAUUUUGAUGCACAUGUUUUUUUGACAUUUAUUAAUAAAAUCCUUAUUUUAUUAGUAUGUUAAGUUUGGUAAACUUUCUAUUUUAGAUUUCUGAUAUCUGUUAACACUUAGUAGAAUAUAUUUUUAAAUCUUUAGUCCUUACACUUUCACUUGUAUUUGAAAAUAAAUCAGAAAAUACAAAUGAUAACAGAACAUUUAUCCAUCCCCUGAGGUUUCAUCAGGCUUGACAUUUCUUACGUCAGUACAGGAUAAUUCAUAUGUCUGACUCCUUCCUAAGUGUGCUGCCCUUCGGUUCGGAGGACUGUGGAUUGUGUAUAUAGACCCAUCUUUUCUUUCUACGAUGUUUUAGAAAUCUGAUUUUGUAAUGACAAGUUGAGCUUGAAUAGAGUUGUAACCAUUUAACUUCUUGGCAAAAUGAAAAAUGUAAAUUUUGGAUUUUAUUGUGGUAAAUCAAUAAGGAAAAGAGAAAACACUAGCCCCAGAAAACACUGUGGGCUUUGUUUUUCCAUGAUGUAUCGAGAAAUCGUGGAGAUAGACUCUCCAGGUAUUAAUGGGGCAUUCUGCCUUCUUGAAGGUAGGGGCAAAGGAUUAUGGGAAAUGGUACCCCAGCACAUCUCCAGCAAUCCAGUUCUGAUUAUAUGAGCUUUCCUAAGAAGAGCGUUGAGUUUUUAAUUUCAGUGGCUUUCCUUUAAAUUUAACAAAGAAGAAAGUCAAUACAAUUUGUAAUAGUUGAAAUACUUUCAGCCUGCUCGCGUAAUUCAAAUAAGUAGAGCCUGGGCUUUAUUUUAUCUGAGGUAUGUGUGCAAGUUGCCCCAGUGAGAAACACUCUAAGUAUAAAGUGUAAUUAGUUAUUAUGUAAUUGUAUAUAAAAUCUAAGUUACCUUUUUAUUAGAACUUAAGAAAUUACAAAUUUUAUAGUGAGACUACGUAAACAGUUCUCACUGUGCAGUGAAUUUUAAGAGGAUGACAUUUUACAGAAUGGAAGAUCAGUAGGUUCCUUCAUUUUAUAAAUUAACAAUAUUUUAGAAUAUAUUUUCCUUAUUCCAUAAUAAUAGAAAUCAGGGAUACUUAAUAGAAUCCCUGGAGGUCGACAUUUCUGAUUUUAAUAUGCUUGUAACAUUUGUCCAGCACACCACUGUGUUCUCUAAAAAAAGCAGCCAUUUUCUCUGUAUGGCAUUACCAUGACUGCCUGUCCCCAGGGUCUUCCAAAAGGUCUGUACACACCUGACAGCAAGGAAAGGCGUGCGCUGUAGCACUUGGGUUCUCGUGAUACUGAUGAAAGCCUUCUUCUGAUAGACGGCACUUUAGAAUAAAAACCACACAGUGUACAUCAACUAAAUGCUGAGUGAUAAAAAUAUUUCCAAAGCACAUUUUCUACUGUUGAAAGCCUCUGCAAAUUUAACAGCAGGGUAAAGGUUUGGGGCUGGCCUACUGAGAAGUAAUCUUUCAUUAUAAAAUGUGCAUUUUGAUUAUUCUCAAAGUUCAUGCAUUUACAGUCUUUGCCAAGAGGUAGAUACAACCAUAGUUUAAGCACGAUCUACAUUUCCAUUGCCUUUUCCUUUUCUAUGAAGAUGAAGUGUUCAAUUAAAUCUGAGUAACUGGCCCAGACUACACUUUAUGGGAGAUUUCUUCUGUAACAAUCUUGCUGGGUGAUAAUUGUUGGGAACCUAAAUCCCAAGGGAUAGUGGAAUAGUUUUCAACAAUAUAAAAACAAAGUAACUUCUUUAAGAUUAGUUGGGGGGAAGAUUUAAGAUUUUUAUUUUAAGAUUUCCAAUUUAAUUGACUUUACCACUGUGCAAAAGGUUAAUAAAAGGGAGGGGGAUUUUUUUUUAACUAGAAAAAUAACUAGUUCUCAUUUGGAGAAAAUUAAAAUUGUAUUGUCAAAAAUAAUUUGUGAAUUGAAAAGACAAAUGUAAACUGUUAAAAUUAGACUUACUAUGUAGUUUAAAUUAUUGGCCCAUAAGCCCAAUUGUAUAUAUUUCUGUGAUUAUUUAUAUUUCUGUAAUUAUCUUAGAAAGUCUGGGAUCUUCAGGGCCUCUCAGAACCUUUUAAGUACAUAGACCUAGAAUAGCUAGGGUAUUGUUUAGAGGUAAAUUAUUAUUAUUAUUAUUUUUUAAUCCUAGGGAUCAGACCCAGCACCUGGUGCACACUAGGCAGGCCCUCUACCACUGAGAUGUCGGUGGGGUUGGUCGAGUGGGGACUGGUGAAAGUCACAGGGAAAUAGGAAGCCUGGUGGGACUCUGAUGGCAGAGAAAGGACUGCCAAGUCAUUACUGGCCUGUGGGCUCAAGUGGUUUGCAUCUGAACUUGGAUGUCUGAGGUCCCUGAUGCACUUGAGGUAAGAAUUUUAAGUUUCGAUUAAUUUGAGUAUUCACACAAGUCCUCCAUUCAUUGGGAGGAAUUAUAAUCUGAGGUUUUCUAUAAACCAUACACUAUUAACAGCUGGUUGAAAUAAGCUUAAAAAUGAUGAUCUGUAUAUUUUGCUACUUGGGUAGUUAGUAAGGUCCAGACGUUUUGUUUAUUUUUCAGUUGUCAAGAUCCCUUUGCUUCCUAGCAUCUAGUAAGGUCUCCACUUUUAAACGGCUAAUUGAGAUUAAAAAUAAAAGACAAAAAUUCUUAAAAACUUACUUUCCAUUUUAUAAUGUAUACUUUCAUUUUUUCAAAAAUAGGCUAGUGGCAAAUUUCACAGAUGUAUUAGGAUUAUUAAAAAUAAAAUGCCAACUAGAGUGAGAAGAACAAAUACAGACAACUUUGAUUAUUUGAGGUUGGGUAAAGGAAUCUUCAGACAACCACAUUUAGACAGUGGAGACCGCCAGAUUUCAGGUCUCCAGAAUCAAACUAUUGGCCUUCAGAGGGCUCCUCUCCUCUUUCUGCUGCUGCAAAGUGUUCCCAUCAGCUUGUUGCAGUACUCCAAAUUUAGGGAAAAGUUGAGAGCCUCGAGGUAAUAGAGCUUGGAGUAGAAUGUGACCUACAGUAUGUAUGUAGAGUGCCAGUCACAUAAUCAUGGCUCAGUGGCAUACUUCAUAUACCACAGAAGCAUAAGCCAGACAUGUUGGUUCUUGUUGGUGAUACCAGUACUCAGGCCAAUGCAGGAUUGCUAUGAGUUUGAGAUCGAUUGUGCCUCAUAGUGAAUUUCAGGCCAACCUGAGCUACAGAGUUGGCUGUAGUUCAGUCCCAUCCUCUCCAAAUAUGCUAAGAUUUUAUAUUAUUUGACCUACUCUCUUUAAAUAUGACUUGGAUUCUGGUGAGUUAAGCUCCAGAUUAACUGUAUGAGUAACUCCCCAGGGCUGUCUCUCUGACUAAGGGAAGCCAGAUUCAGGAUGAUGUAGUAGAAACCACCUGCAAAUAAUGAGCAACAAUAGGCCCAUGGCCCAGAAAGGACUGCCGAGUAUUGACUGGUCUGAGUUCAAGGGAUUUGCAUUUAUUUCCACAGAUAAGGGCUGUUUGGGUUCUCCAGGACCUUUUAGGAUAGAAGAAGCAGUUUAUUCUUCUGAGAAUUUCUGUUGUUGCUCUGAGCUGACAACACAACCUGAUUUGCAAAAGGGUACCAAGUGAAGCCUGAGUUUCACAGUGCUUUGAAGCGGUUGAACUUCUGGGUGGGCGUCCCAUAACUGAUGAAAUGAAUGGGAACAUGUGUUUCUGAUUUCACUUCCAGAACUUCUGUUCCCCUCAUCCAUAGGAGUUGGCAAACUCAGCUCUGAUUUUUAGGAUAGAAUAUUGCCUAGUGUAACCUAAAAAUGCACACAAUCUCUUGGUGGUUAUCGUGGAAGUUUUCAGUGAACAAUGACAUUUCUGUCUCACUUCAGAAUCAUUUGUCUUAUAUGGACAAGAAUAUAAACCAAGUACAACAAAUCUUGCUAGAUAUCUGUAAGUCUAGCUUUAAAAGACAUUCUGCGCAUUGUAGAUUGUGUUUACUCUUCCUUGCAGCUUCAUGUUUGGGGGAGUUCUUAGGGUAAAGGCAGUUUGAUUUCUGCAAUUCUGAGCAUUAAGUACAAAUGUACAUGUAGAGAUGAGACGUCAACCUUUAUCCCGCCCUCUGUCUUCAUCAGGCAUUGUUUCUCUUACAACACUGACUACACAGUUGUUCCAAGAAGAAUAGCACCUUAUCAGUGCUCACACUGGAACUGUUAUUUGGAACCACAGGAAAAUGGGACACAUAUAUUCUCAAUCUCCACCAGGGGGACCUAUCGCUGCAAUUUAAAAAAAUCUGAGGGAGAACUUGGCAUUUUGUGAGACAGUUAUAUGCUAUUAUAGUUUUUAUUUUGUUUGUGUUUUGUGUUGUUGGGGAUUGAAAUAAGAGCCUUGUUUAUGCUAGGCAAGUGCUCACACACUGAGCUAUACCCAGCACUACAGAUGUUAUUUUUAAAAAAUGUAUACACCUGUUUGAAAAAAAAAAACUUUUAUAUUCCACAUAAUGGUAUUUCAUGUUCUUUUACCCUACAGAAUAUGUAAUUAGAUACACAAAUAAUCUGAGGCUUUUGUUAUUUGUUAGUGCCAAUCUUUUUAAGUAGGAUAAUUAUGAGAUCAAGGUAUAGUAAGUCUUUGAGAAUAAUUUAUAUUUAAAAUAUUACAUAAUUACAUGUAGAAAACAAGAAAAAUAUUUAAAAAUAGUUUCUAACUUUUCCUAAUUCACUAUAUUUUAUUCCGUUUGUCUGACAUGUAAAAAUUUUUUUUUCUGAAACAUUUUCAUACUUUUUAUACUUACAAAAAUGGGAAAGAUCUAUAACCACA